AUGGCGUGGCUCCAUCAGAGUCGAGCUUCUCCCAGACUGGUCCUGGUGGUGGUGUGUGUCGCUCUGCUGCUUGACAACAUGUUGCUUACAGUGGUCGUGCCCAUCGUCCCCACCUUCCUCUACGGCCUGGAGCAUCCCAGUCCGGAGCCCGGGACCCCCCCGCCCGGGACCUCCUCUCCUCUGGUGUCUCUGUUCGACAACACGACCUUCAGGCUGCAGGACCUCUGGCCCCAGGCGACCUCUGACCCCCAGCUGACCGACCCGACCCCCGACCUGCAGGUCAACGCCACCUCGGCUGCUACAGACUCCUCCUGUCUCCAGGACAGCUCCUUCCUGGAGGAGGAGAACGUGCGUGUGGGUCUCCUCUUUGCUUCUAAAGCUCUGGUCCAGCUGUGUGUCAACCCCUUCGUGGGCCCGCUCACCAACAGGGUCGGGUAUCACAUCCCCAUGUUCGCUGGAUUCUUUAUCAUGUUUGUGUCCACCAUCAUGUUUGCGUUCUCAGGGACGUACGCUCUGCUGUUCUUCGCUCGCUCGCUGCAGGGAAUCGGCUCGUCCUUCUCCUCGGUUGCAGGUCUGGGUAUGUUGGCCAGUGUGUACACAGAUGACGAGGAGAGAGGCAUCGCCAUGGGCAUGGCCCUGGGAGGACUGGCUAUGGGAGUGCUGAUCGGAGCUCCGUUCGGCAGUGUGAUGUACGAGUUUGUGGGGAAGAGCGCCCCCUUCCUGAUCCUGGCCGUCCUGGCUCUGCUGGACGGAGUGUUGCAGUUGUGCAUCCUGCAGCCUUCAAAGAUCUCCCCCGGGAGCGUGGAGGGAACGCCGCUGCUGACGCUGAUGAAGGAUCCGUACAUCCUCAUCAGUGCAGGUUCUCUGUGUUUCGCCAACAUGGGCGUGGCCAUCCUGGAGCCAACGCUGCCAAUCUGGAUGAUGCAGACCAUGUGCUCCCCUAACUGGCAACUUGGUUUGGCGUUCCUCCCCGCCAGCAUCUCCUACCUGAUAGGAACCAACCUGUUCGGGGUCCUGGCCAAUAAGAUGGGACGGUGGCUCUGCUCCAUGUUAGGGAUGUUUAUUGUUGGUGUCAGUCUAAUAUGUGUUCCCUUUGCCACCAGUAUCUACGGUCUGAUUGGACCGAACGGAGGUCUGGGCUUCGCUAUAGGGAUGGUGGACUCCUCCAUGAUGGCCAUCAUGGGAUACCUGGUCGACAUCCGCCACGCCUCUGUCUAUGGCAGUGUCUACGCCAUUGCUGAUGUGGCGCUGUGUAUGGGCUUCGCCAUUGGACCGUCCACAGGGGGCGCUCUGGUGCAGGCGGUGGGUUUCCCUUGUCUCAUGGUGCUUAUCGGGGUGAUCAACAUCCUGUACGCUCCGCUGUGCUUCCUGUUGCGUAACCCUGCAGUCAGAGAGGAGAAAAUGGCAAUCAUCGACCAGGAGUGUGUGAUGCACACAAAAAGCUAUAACACACAGAAGGAGAUUCGUGAGUUUCCUCUGAGUGAUUACAGUGAAGAAGAGGAGACGGAGGAGUGA